UGCAAAACGCGGGGCGGACCCGGAGGAGAAACACAAAGCCAGUUCCCGAGACAGACGCUACCGCACUUUCUCAAAUUGAAAUCCCCGUCAGGAGAGAGAGACAUAAGGGGUUGAUAGAGAGAGAGAGAGAGAGAGCGGGAGGGCGAGAGAGAGGCAGAGAGAGAGAGAGGAGGGGGGGAGACUGCAGAACAUACAGGGUCUGGAUGAAUAACCAUGGCAACAGCAGCAGCAGCAGGAGAAGCGGUGGUAUAAACAUUGCAAACCGCGCAUCCAUCCGCAAACAGCGAUUUACUCAGUGAAGGCUGGAUCUCGACCCUCUGCGGAUAUUAGACUUCAUCACUGUUAAGGUGAUGAGUGGGAUUAUAUCAUGUCUGAAGUACAGGGAACACUGGAGUUUUCUGUAGAGUUGCACAAGUUUCACAAUGUGGAUCUUUUUCAAAGGGGGUUCUACCAGAUACGAGCAGGGUUGAAGGUCUCACCUCGAGUGCCCCACAGGUUGAUAGUGACAACACAAGACAAUACAGGAGAAUGCAGCUUCAGCUCCGCGGGGGUUUACGACGGCACCGUGUUCAGCCGGAUAUUUCAGAUCCUUUACAGAAAUGAGGAGAUUGCGGUGAAUGAUUGUAUGAUCUUCAAAGUCCACCUACUAUUGGAUGGAGAAAGGGUGGAGGAAGCCUUGAGUGAGGUGGACUUCCAGUUGAAGCUGGAUCUUCAUUUCACAGACAAUGAGCAACAGUUGGCAGAGAUAGUCACCGUCCCAUUGAUCAGCAGCCGGACCCUCAGCCUCCACUUUCACCCGCGGAGAGGCCUCCACCACCAUGUCCCUGUCAUGUUCGACUAUUUCCACCUGUCCGUCAUCUCUGUCUCCAUACAUGCCUCACUGGUUGCCUUACAUCAGCCGCUAAUCAGCUUUGCACGUACAGGGAAGGGCUCCUGGCUGGGAAAGGGCUCGCCAGAGAGCGCGAGCGACCCAUCUGCCAUGUCUGUAGAAAACCUUGUGUUCGGAGCUGGCUACUGCAAGCCUGUCAUCUCUGAGGGAAGCUUUUAUGUGCCCAGUGAAAACUGCCUGCAGAGAGCUCAUACGUGGCAUCGAAGGCUCUGUCGCCUCCUGUUGGUUGCACACAGAGGCCUGCACACCUACUAUACUGCUCUGAUGAAGGAAAUCCCACAGCUCCAGCAGACUCCACUGGACUCAGAAGUGCUGCCUGUAGAAGAAACUCUUAAUCAGAUCACAAUAGAGUUACAGCUGCAGGAAGGCCAUGAGAAGGUAGCAGAGCAGAUCAGCAGGGACGUGAGCCAGCUCUGCACCCAGCUGGCUGCUCUGUGGAGCCGCUUCCUGGAGGCGGCUGUGCUCAACCCCCACAUCCUCUCCUAUCUGGCCCAGGAGCACCACACGCUCAGGGUCAGGAGGUUUUCAGAAGCAUACUUCUUCACUGAGCACCCCAAAGAGAUAUCUCUGACUUUUCAAGAGGAACUAAUCAACAGACACAGCCAGAUAGCUGCAGAAGUCCGGAGCUCAGACUACCUGACCAAGAUGCCUCCUUUACCUGUUGAGUGCCUGGACAUUGAUGGAGACUGGAACAGUCUGCCAAUCAUCUUUGAGGACAGAUAUGUGGAGUCUCCUCAAACAGAGUGGAUAUCACAUGUGCCAAUCCUUGCAACCGCUGAUGAGCAGACCAGCCCAGAUCCUGCCAUCACUCCUGCCAACAGGAUUCUUGAAAGCAGCCGGGGAGCCAGAUCACCAGCAAUACCCCAGGAUCCCUUGGAUAGUGAUGACUGCAUGGACUUGCCCACAUAUGUAUCACUCAUAGCAGAGCAGAGUAAGACCAGACCCAACAUCAGUGGUACCAAGAACCUCAUUCCAACUGAGGAAAGCACUGAACCCUCUCUAGUAGACGCAGAAGGUUUGGAGGAACCAAAGGAAAAACAAGCCCCAGUUGAGAAGAGCUGUAGUUCAGGUCUGAGGUAUAUUGCAGUUAAACCUUCUGAUGUUGACCCUUAUAGAGAAGAAGCAGUCCUAGCUCUCUCCUCAAACCACAACCCCCUCACUGACUCUAAUAACUGUAGUAAUGAAUCUCCUGCUCAUCGCGUAACAGAAGAUACCAUCCAACUUUGUGAUGCCACAAACGACAGCAAUGCCAGAGAGAAUGAGAACAACGAAGAAGAGUCUGAUAUUGCCAUGCCAUUAAAUCACUCCAUGGAUGAUGAGAGUGAGGAUGUCCCUGUCAUCAGCCUACCCCCUGCCUAUGCCCAUCCAGUUAUACCUUCCUUUCCUGGUGAUCUCAGAAAAGAGAUUACUCACCGAGGAGGCCUGGUUGGCUCCAAGAUCAUGAAGCGCUCGUCCUCAGUUAUUUCUGACUCAGGUAUCGAGAGUGAGCCCAGCUCGGUGGCAUGGCCUGCGGAGGCCGCACUGCGAGGCCGACCUCCUCUAGACUUCUCCAGCGAACGGGAGAUCCCACAGCAAAUAGUGCGUCGGCACCCAGUCCACCGCAGCUCUCUGGAAGGCCUGCAGAUGGAGAGCAAUGGUAGCCUUCCAAGUGGAGGCAUACAGGCCUCACUAACCUCUAUCAGCUCGCUGCCCUACGAGGAGGACCAGCAGCAGAGGCAGCUCAGCAAACUGACCAAGUCAGUCUCUGCACCACAGAUAAGUAGCCCAGAGGACACUGAGGAGGACCAUGUGCUGCUCAACCAGGAAUUGGAUACUAAGAGCUUAAUGCAACACCAGAAUUCAUGUAGAGUCAACUGCUCUUCUUUGAAGAGCAACUUAGAUUCAGAGCAAUCUGAAUCAUCCCUAUUAGACAUGAGUUCAAUGACAAAUCUUGGCAAUAGUCAUAAGGAAAAUAUCAGCUCUGAAAAGUCAAACUCUCCACAGUAUCUGUCAGAGACAUACGGAAUGAAGUCAGUGUUAGGUGGAGUGUCUGAAGUGUUGCUUUUACAAGAGUCUGUAGAGGGCCCUCAUGUGAAGGAAGGCACUGUUAUUAGCAGCCAGAGGGAGAAUAUCAACCAUCAAACACACAUCAGUGGGGUAAGCGCCUCAGUGGAGGAUGUGCAUCUUGUUGAAUCGGAAGCAGCGUCCUGCAGCUGUGGAAACAAACCAUGUGUGCAUAAAUGUGCAGCAGAUCUGGAGAGUGUUAAUAGUGGAGAUGAAAGAUUCCAUCAGACUGAACAGCUUGGCGUUGAGGACCAGGAGGGUUUGGAUCCUUCCCAAAGUCCUCUAGAGCCCGAUGCUUCAGGACACUCCAAUGACCGCCCCAACAGUACCACCACCACACAGAGGCCGAGUGACCUCAUAGGGCUGACAGCCAAUGAUGUUGCAUCAUCUGUUGACCUCAAUGGGAUAUCAACCAGUGAGAAAGAGCCGUUAGACAGCCAGACAAAGCCCUCUAAGAUCCCCAACUCGGGCCUGGCCUUUAUGAAUAAGAAGAUGGUAGAGGUGGUGAACAUGUCAGUAUCCUGUGCCCCGACCUGUCUGCCGUUUUCUUCUGCUCUGAGAGACUCUCCGUCCAUCAGUGGAAUGUCCGCUCGCCAGGCUACCUCACCUAUUACCCAUCAGCCCCUGGGCUCUUUUGGUAUCAUCUCCUCAUCUUCACUCAAUCCCCUGAGCAUGGAUGACGAAGCCAAUGAACGAAUGCUGAAUUUCUUCAAAGCCAAAGAGGAGCUGUUCAAAGAGUUGAGCUUUCAGGCCAGCUUGUACAGCGACCUUCCUCUCCUGGCAUCAGAUCUGCCCUACUUCCCCCCCGAGGAGGACGAUGAGGAGUUUGAUGACGGCAUACACCUUGUGGUGUGCGUCCACGGGCUUGAUGGAAACAGCGCAGACCUUCGGCUGGUGAAGACUUUUAUUGAGUUAGGACUUCCAGGAUCGAGGCUUGACUUCCUCAUGUCUGAAAGAAACCAGAUUGACACAUUUGCAGAUUUUGACACCAUGACAGACAGGUUGCUGGAUGAGAUCAUUCAGCAUAUCCAGCUGUACAAUCUCACCAUAGGCAGGAUAAGCUUCAUCGGACACUCUCUGGGGAACAUCAUCAUCCGCUCGGUGCUGACAAGGCCUCGCUUCCGCUGCUAUUUGCCCAAACUGCACACUUUCCUCUCGCUGUCAGGCCCACACUUGGGAACACUGUAUAACAACAGCACAUUGGUCAGCACAGGUCUGUGGUUAAUGCAGAAGCUGAAGAAAUCAGGAUCCUUGCUACAGCUCACCUUCAGAGAUCAUGUUGAUCCACGGAAAACAUUCCUCUAUCUCCUGAGUCAGAAACCAGGGCUCCAGUUCUUCAAGAACGUGGUGUUGGUGGCGUCUCCACAGGACCGUUAUGUUCCUUUCCACUCUGCCAGAAUAGAGAUGUGCAAAACUGCUCUCAAAGACAGAACCACAGGCCCUGUAUACACCGAGAUGAUCAACAACCUCCUGCAGCCACUUGUGGAAGCUAAAGAGUGCCGGCUAAUCCGCCAGAACGUGUUCCAUGCUCUGCCCAACACAGCUAACACCCUGAUCGGCCGGGCUGCCCACAUUGCUGUUUUGGACUCUGAGCUUUUCCUAGAGAAGUUCUUCUUAGUGGCAGGGCUCAACUACUUCAAAUAAAGGCGCUGGUGCUGCAGACCAACUGGAUACACCCUGUUGGUGGCUGGUGGAGCUGAUUUGGAAGAUAAGGUCCUUACCAUCAAUAUGUACAGUAUAUGUAAUGUAUAUAAACCCUUGUAUUCAAGAGGCAAGGCCUGUAUAUCCAAUUUGUUAGGAUUGUUAGCAGCUGUUAUCAAAAGAUAAGUGUAUUGUGACUGUUUAAAUUGCUAACUCAGAGGUCUGAGUUUGGCGUGUAUGCAAAACAAAACAUCUGACAUGUAUCACUGGAUAUAUUGCAGAUGUUUUGUUGGCCUUAUGAAUAACCUUUCAGCCAGAACACUAACAGAUGCUAAUUGUGGUCUAAAGCAUUUAACUACUUUACCUUUAUAGUUGGUUUAGAGCCUUCAGUAUCACUGGUUGAAUGAAUUCUUCUUUAAGGUUCACACUGAUGAUAGUCUUGAACUAUUCUUAGGACUGAGGCAAUAGAUGCGCAGCAUUUAUCCCCUUGAUUGUACAAUAAGUAUUUUGUUGGACAAAACAUAGAUGUUCCUUUAUACAAAAAUGAAUAUAUUGUUUAAAUUAUUUAUUUUUUAUCUGCUUCUGUAUCUAUAUUGUAACUAGUCCAUCUAAAUGUGAUCUUUUUUGUGUUGCUAUCAUCAAAUCCAUCAAAUGAAAAUCAGUGUUUAUAAAGUAUACAAUGCAGGUUGAAGUGUUACCCCAUGUAGCCUAUAAUUCAGUACACUGCAUAUCUACUUACAUAUUGUGUGUCCCUCUACAUCAGUUCAAACUGACUGAGCUGGGCUACAGUAUAAAUUAGCAUUACAGUAUCUUUGAUACCAAAUGGCUCUACUGGUUGUAUAGCCAUUUUUUAGAUUAUUGUUUGCACUGAUUCAUUGAAAAGUUGAUUGACUAAAUUCAAUUAAGUAACCAUUAGCCAACCCCCCCCUUAGUUACUGUUCCUACUCCUGUCAAGCUUUCCAGCCUUGCAUGGCACAUAUGCAAAUUACAAUGAUAACGGUGGCAGAUUUGCCGUCGAAAUUUGUAGUAAUUUUUGAAACAAAGGUUCUUGAUUUCUGACGGAGGUAGCCAAAAGGAGGCUUCCCAUUUCUAGCCAGCAACUGUAUAGUUUUCUGCCUGAAAUUUCAACUAGCAGAUAUGAUCAGUCAUGAUCAGCUUUAGCUAGCCAACUAAUUAAGCUAACAUUAGCUUCAUGAGUUGGUUAAAAUGCUGUCUCUGGCAGACUUUUUAAUAUUUCUGACUUGUUUCAAAAUGAAAAUCCUCUAAAAGAUGUCUUAAAUAUAGACUUGAUGCCUAUAUACAUGAUAUAGUGCUAAAAGACUGAGGUUAAAGCUGCAUGUCAGCAUCCAUACUGGAUGAUGAUCCAUAGAAGACAUGGAAAUAAAGAAACAGCAUUGUUCAUGUAUUGCACUAGUCCUAUUAUACGUUUGAUAAGAAAAAAUGUAAGACUGUUAUUUCAGUCUAACUUAAUCCUGUUUGUCUGCUUACUUGUUUUCAAGCAGUAUGUUUUUACUCUUAAUGUUAGAAAAGAAAGCUAGGGCUUUUAGUAUGCAGACUGAUGUGUAACUGAAGUGUAAUGCCAUCUUGGGUAAUGCUGGCUGGUGCUGCUGAAGUGUGAACUUUCCCAAAUCCAAUACAGAGCAGGACAGAGGUGCUAACGUUACCCUAAUCUCCAGGGCCAACACCGGCUACUACACAUCGGAUGUGCUGGUUGUGAACAGGGCUUGUUUUAAUGUAACAUUUAACCCCACAAAUGAAUGUAGUUAGUUAAUGAUGUGCUCCUUGGCCUUGGAAGUAAUGUUCAGUUACCCCUGUAGGUAGUUUGCUAGUUAGCCAGAAAUGCUAAUUUUUGCAGCUGAUAAACACAAUGAUUACUAUUCCUUACACAUUUGCUCUUGUGUUUCUGAAAGACUAAAAAAAAGGCACCACUUCCCCAACUCUUUGAAUGCAGAGGAUCACACUUACUACAGCCCCAUGCACACCAUUUCAUAUGGAGAAAUCAAAAGCUUGACAGGUUACAGUUACAUUUCCUAAGCUAUGAUUGGACAAUCGCUAUUCUGGGGAGGGGUUUAGCAAAUGGUCAAUUAUUUUGAUAAAAUAACUAACAAUACUAAAGAAAAUCUUUAGCAUUAUAACUACCACUAUAACACAAUUCAUGUGACUUAUUGCCAGUUUACUCCUUAAAUCAUGUGAUACACAGGCAGGCAGAAAGCAGGCUUACUGAUAUAAUCAACUUCAAAUAUACUCUAUAUAUAAUGAGAAAAGAAAACGCAUUAUCCACUAUACAGUGCAAUCCUAUGGUCUAAUGACCAUCAUGUUCUUAAUGAGCUGUUUUAAAUUGUAGAUUAAAAUCCUCUACACAAGGAUAGACUUCAUAAGCCACUAUGGAGCUCAUUAUUUUUUUUAAAUGGCGUUAACACCUUCAGGGUGAAUCAGGGUGUCAUUGUUGCUUUUGGAAAAUGGAUGAUUUUGCUUAAUACCGACUCACUGCCAAGAUUCUCCCUCAUACACUUUCUAUAAACCAACUACAAUAUGAUGCAUGAUGAUAGCAGGGAAUCACCGUCGUAGCAGACGCUGUGUCGCGUUCUUCAACAUGUCACGAUGCCAUAUUAUGAACAUCUCAUCAGCUAAUUCAGAUCUAUAUUGUAUAAAUGAUUUUUAUUCUUCUCCACAAACUUUGCUGUCACAUUCAAACAUGACACAAGAGUUGUCAUUUUCCGGCAUACUGGCAAGGGCUGUUUCCUUGCCACUGUGCUGUCCAUCAAAUGAUGUUUACAUUUUGACAUUUAGAGAACUGUUAUCAUAGAUGUCUCAUAUGCAGCGGUGGUUGUGCAUCUGCUGUAUAUGUAGUUAUGUACAUACAGAGAGCUAUAUUCAACCUUUGCACUGGUUUGAUGGCAAGUGCACUUUAUUGACAACCUUGAAUCAACCUCCACUAGCUUUACAAAAUCAAUUUUUUCCUGUAUUUUUGUUGUUGUUUAUACAUGCACAGCUUCUUUAGAUCUGAAGGUCAUGUCCUGCACUCAUUGUAAACUGACCUUGGCUGUCUGUCUUGGCCAUUCAAGCAUUGUAUCGUCUUCAAGUGUGCUGUCUCAGAGUGCAAACGAUGGCAGCGCAAAGUGCUCUUUUCUGUGUGGAAGCUGUUGCCGUGGCGCUGCGUGGUAAGCACAGUGUCACCGUGAUUGACUCUAAUCAAAUGGGCUCCUUCAGGACGCAGAGAUCGUUCUCAAAAAGCCACUAAGCAAAGCUGCGUAAGCAAUCUGUAGGGGCUGCCAUGCAUCAUGCAUCAUUUCCCAACCUGCCCCCCAACGCACACACACACAAACACAUACUGUAUAUGGAUGAGGUUUUAGCUUGUUUGCUUUUCCUCCCCAUGUGUGUUUAAGGCCAUGUGUGUUUACCCAAAGGGGUCAGUGAGAAUCAAUGUGGGGGAAAAGUGUUUGUGGUAUUGAGCAUGGCCCCUUCAAGGGCAAAUACAGGUUUGAAAUUGUUUCAUAACAUGGGUGUCUUGUAAAAGGUUUCACAUGAAAGUGCGGUAUGAGAUCUGAGAGAAAUGUAUUUACAUUGUGCUCAACUCCAUUCACGCAGAGCUUUUUUUUUUGACUAAAUAUGUCUCUGAGAGUGUUAAGUGUACAUUUAUGCUGCUGUCAUAAUUGAGAGUGAACUCAAAGGUGAUCCAUAAAUCCAAUAGAUCCUUGCAAGUGCUGUCAACCUUCAAAACUAGCUGACUUGAACCUUUUUGUAUUUGAUUGCCCUUUACUAAGAGUCCUGUUCCUGUGUAGUGUGUGUGUGUGUGUGUGUGUGUGUGUGUGUGUGUGUGUGUGUGUGUGUGUGUGUGUGUGUGGAGAGAGUGGAGGAAGGUGUGUCAUGUGAAUAUAUUUCAAAGGCCCCAUGGCAGCUUUCUGUCACGUGUAUGAAAGGAGAUGUGUAAUCAUUGUCUGCUCUUUGCUGGAACAUCCUUCAUGUGUUUAUAUGAAUGUAAAAAAAAUGUUUGACUUCACUGUGAGGAACAUGUAUUUAUUUCAUUCUGCAGUUAUUUUGCUGAAUGUAUAACAUGUAAAGUACAGUAAAUACUACUUCAUCUGUGCCAAUACUACUCUAAUAUUUUUCUAUGUUGCUGACUGUACUGUAUGUAUUCCUUAGUAGCUUGUGUUCAAUGUAAAAAUAUAAAUACAAAUAUA